AUGCGUCGGUGCGUCACACGCGCGUUUCUUGUCCCUUUGCAGGAGUGGGCGAAGGGGUCGCUUGAGGAGGUGGUGCAGAACGCGAUCAAGACGUGGGAGAUGGAGCUGUCGCACAAGGCCCGCAUCGAGGACUUCAAGUCGGUGAGCCCCGGCCGGUUCACCCUGUCCGUGAACGGCGGGCGGGCCCUGACGGGGGAGGAGACGCUGGCCAUGGGCAGCUACAACGCGCUGCUCGCCAGCCCGAUCCUGCCGGGCACCGGCGCGUACGACGCCACCGCCGAGACGUUCGAGUCCUCGCACGACCUGUUCCGCUCCGCCUUCCCGCGCGGGUUCGCGUGGGAGGUGGUCAAGGUCUACUCCGGCCCGCCGGUGAUCGCCUUCAAGUUCCGGCACUGGGGCCACAUGGAGGGGCCCUACAAGGGCCACGCCCCCACCGGGGACAAAGUCGAGUUCUACGGCGUCGCCGUGCUCAAGGUGGACGAGCAGCUGCGGGCGGAGGACGUGGAGGUGUUCUACGACCCGGGGGAGCUUCUCGCGGGGCUUAUCAAGGGUCCCAAGGAGGAAGACGAGGCGGCGGCGGCGCUCGCCGGGAGGCUCCGCGAGGCGGCUACGGUGUCCGCAUCAGGUGCUGACGCGCAGCCGCAGGCCUGCCCCUUCCUUGGCUCUGGAAAGCAGGGGUGA